CAGGAUCAAAGUAAACAUCAUUAGUUAGUGAUCGUUUAAUGUGCAUCAACCUUUAAAAAUUAUAUGUUUUAAAACGCUAGGUUAAUUUGUUUAUUAAAUUAAAAUAAAAGAAUGGACUUUGUAGAUUUAAACCAAUUUGUUCAUGGUGAAUCAUGUUUGACUGAUCAUCUAACAAUGGACUAUACAGAUCAAGCGACUUCAUUGCCAUUCCACUCGGAGUCAACAGUAAAUGUUUUCUCUUACAAUGAUGAUACUCUGCGAUCUUAUUUGGACGAUUCUUCGAGGAAUCAUUCAACAGAUAAUACAGUUCACAACGAUCCAUUACUGAGUUGUGUUUCAAACAGUGAAACCCACAAUCAACAAUCCAUUCAACAAGAAACCUUAUCAUGCAUUUCAUCAGAUUGGAUUGGCAUUUUUUCAGAUAGCUUAACGGUUGAUCUGAUCGGGUCUCCAUCGACAGAUCUGUUUAACUUUGCUUUUCCACUGGAGGCACCUUCAACAUCAACUUGUGAGUCUUACGAUGAGAUUGAAACAAAUGAACCUUUUAAAAAUGACUGUUAUGAUUUACAGUCGCCUGUCUCAAAGACUGCAAGUGAUAAAUUCAAAAAGAUACUUUCAUUGAAUGUUGACAACUCAAAAUUGAAGGAACCCUGGAUCCCCAGUGUUGGAAAGAAGAUAUUGGCUACUUAUUACUCUCCAUUGAAUAUUAAAUCAGAAUUUUUGUCAAAUCGAAUAAUCUUGGAUGAAUUUGAAUCACUUGCGGUGAAGGAAGCAGUUAAUGCCUUUCACAAUAUUGCUUCAAGUAAUGUGACAAUUUCACUUCGAAAUCAGGUGAAACCUGAUCCUCGUCCAACAGAGUUUGUUGGAACCUGUGAGAAGGUUCGAGCUUACAGGAAAUUACAUGCUGAAGAUAAAAUAACUUUAUUAUCCAAUGUAUUUUUUGAUAUCAAUGCAAUGAAGGGUAUAAUCACAUAUGACCAUCGGACCGACAGCUUCAACUGUUCUGGGGCAAGACUUGACAGGGUGGAUGUUUUUCAUUCAAACCCUGAAGCACACGAUGGAUUGAAACAUGUUAUCGAAACCUUUCCAGAUCGAUGGAGAAAUGAUCUCAAAGCUAUUGCUCUCAUCUAUCUAAUUGUCAUCUUCAAUCCUGAUCUACCUAAUUUGAAAUACGUUGAUGUUGUUAGACUGGAACAAUAUAGUUAUAUUUAUCUACUUGGACGAUACCUUGAAUCAGUCUGUGAAUCACCCAGUGAUGCUUCGGACAAUUUAUACAGAUUGAUGGUCAAAAUCGAUGAGAUUCAAAAGUUACGGAAUAAUAUUGUCAAUCUAUUUGAGGCUUUCAAAACUGGUGCUUCUUCGCUUCUGAAAAAUAUCAUUACAAAACUCAUCCAAAGUUCAAUGAGGUGAUUAAUUUUCCUCAAAUAAUCUGAUUCAUCAA